CGAUUGUCAAAAAGGCGUAGUCUUCUCGUCUGCGCAUGCCAGACUUUCCUGGCGUAGCAAGCCAGACGCGUGCGAGUAUCUCACGAUUCCGCCCGUGCGCCUCUCCGACCUUUCCCCCAGUUCUCUAGCUGCGAGUUCACCGGGUUUACUCUGACACCGUUGACUCCGCCGUUACGCCCUCCAACAGCCACGCACCCUCUUUCCACCAAUCAGCUUUUGAUCACGUACUGAUCACGCGCUGCCUUAACUCCGAUUGGCCUAUUUUUGCUACACCUUUGUUUUUGAUUGGUUACAUGUUACCACCCGCCAGUCUGCUCUGAAUUUUGUUUCUGGUUUUUUUUCCCCUUCCCCGUUCCUGAUUCACUCAGCUGAGGUUGGACCUUGCUGUAAAAAAGUGGUUGCACUUAUGUGUCCAUGGUCUGCUGAACGGUUGAAUUGCUACUGUGCUCUUGUUGUUAUCUGUUGAUUGUGUUGUUCAUAGAUGCUACGUAUGCCGACUUCUGCACAAGACUCUGGCCAGGUCCAUCUUGUGGAUAUCUGUGAGGUGAUGAUGGAGAGAAACAGGCAGGAGAGCGUGAAGUCCUGCCCCUCUUCUCUGGAGUACCAUGACCUCGAGGCAGCCGAGGCCCUGGUGUGCAUGAGUUCCUGGGUCCAGGGGUCACACAAGCCCCGCCCACUGACGCCGACCUCAGAUUCCUGUGACUCACUCAGUCUGCACCCUGAAACCCUGGAGUCCCCCAGAGACCUAGUGUCCCUGUCUUCACUAUGCAUGACCCCACCACACAGCCCUAGCUUUGCUGAGACAUCAACCACCUCUUCUAUACUCACAACCAUGCCUGCUCUACCUGGCUUGGGCCUCAAACCAAGCUCCUUACCAAGCAAUGGUGCAGUGACCCAGAGUGGCCUGCAUGGUGGCAGUACCACACUCCUUCCAAGCUCUGUUCAACCUCCGCCAGUUGAAUCCUCUGCACCCUGCAGAGCCAUGGCUACCAGUGUCAUACGGCACACUGCAGAUACAUCUGUAGACCAUCACAUUCCAUCCCUUACCCCAGGACAGGAGAGACCCUGUCCCUCAGAGAGCCCUGACCAGCACCCUGAGCUCAGCAGUGCUUCCAAAGCCCAGCUUGCCAUACUGACCGAAACACAGAAGCGGAGUAGUCCGCAAGCUACUGCGGAAGGAAAGGGCACUGCAUCCUCCCCCUGCUCUGCAAGCCCCCCAACUCCUGUGUCCCAGGCCUCACAGUCUAUUCCCCAGUCUCCCAUUUCCAACCCUCCUGUCCUCUGCCAGGUGUUUCCUGUUAAUGGGCAGACUGGAAUCAUCUCUGCAUUCGUUCAGACUCAUGUUCAGAUGCAGGCCACUGGGCCAAAGCCCAUCCUUCCUCAGUCAUCAUCCUUCUCACAGCCUCUUCUUAUGGGCCCUCCUGUAGCUCAGGGUACUGUGAUGUUUGUGGUCCCUCAGGCUCCAGUGUCUCAGGCACCCACAUGUCAACAAAAUGUUGUGACUGUUGGUAACACUAAGCUCCUGCCCCUGGCCCCUGCCCCAGUGUACAUGCCCUCAGGUCAGAGUGGGGGCGCUGUACAGACUGACUUCUCCCGCAGGCGGAAUUAUGUCUGCAGCUUCCCAGGAUGUAAGAAGACUUACUUCAAGAGUUCUCACCUAAAAGCCCAUCUGAGGACCCAUACAGGUGAGAAACCCUUCAGUUGCCACUGGGAAGGCUGUGACAAAAAAUUUGCACGCUCUGAUGAACUUUCCAGACACCGUCGCACUCACACAGGCGAAAAAAAGUUUGUGUGCCUUGUUUGUGAUCGGCGAUUCAUGCGAAGCGACCACUUGACCAAGCAUGCUCGCCGUCACAUGACCACCAAGCGGUCCGCAGCGUGGCCCACGGAAACCCGCCAGCUAAACAAAAUGGCGUCCUCCCAAACACCAUCAACACAGUCUUCUCUGGCCCUGAGUGUGCUUGUACCUGCCUCUACCUAAGCAUUCGUUCAGGCCACACAGUCACCUCAGGACAAUAUCCCACUGACCAUUUUACAGGGGAAACAGAAAACCAAGGCUGCUUACAUAUCCAUGUACAAAACAAACUGAUCUUGCACUGGAUUUUUUUCUACCAUGUUUGUUUAUAAGGAAUUAUUGUUUACUUUUAUAUGUUAUGUCUCCCCAAAUGUAUGCACUCCCUUUGCCAAAGUCUUUGUGUCUGUUCAUUUUACUUAUAUUAUGCCAUUGUAUAUUUGUACAUAAACAUAACUAUCUAUAUGAAUGUAACGUGUAUUCAAAUGUGCAUUUAUUGACAGUAUAUGAAUAAAUGUUAAGUUCCUGUAAAGUGAACAGUAUUCUUACCUGUGAUGCUACCUAUUACAUUGCUUUGCAUAUUAUUUAAUAAUGAACCUUUGAAGAUUCAAAUAAAACAUCAUGUUUA